ACCCGGGGCUCCCACAUUUCAGCAGGUGCCAGAGCUGGAGCUCCCAUCGCCGCCGCCCGUGCCUCCGGCUCCUCGGCGCCCCAGCCUUCGGCGCUUCCCCCCACCCUUCCGCUCCCCCUGGCGGAGCGGGCGCGCCCGGGGGUGCCGCUCCCUGCCCGGCGCGCUCCGCGCCCGGAGGUGCCUCGCCCCUCUCCUUCCCACCGCGGAAUCUCCCGAGUCUCCAGCUCCUCUCCCUUCCACCUGUUUGCCCAGAAAGGCAGGAUCCUGGUCCCUGCUGCGAUACCGGGGCCAUGGCGGGUCUGGGCCCCGGCGGAGGCGAUUCAGAGGGGGGACCCCGGCCCCUGUUUUGCAGAAAGGGGGCUCUGAGGCAGAAGGUGGUCCAUGAAGUCAAGAGCCACAAGUUCACCGCUCGCUUCUUCAAGCAGCCAACCUUCUGCAGCCACUGUACCGACUUCAUCUGGGGUAUUGGAAAGCAGGGCCUGCAAUGUCAAGUCUGCAGCUUUGUGGUUCAUCGACGAUGCCACGAAUUUGUGACCUUCGAGUGUCCAGGCGCUGGGAAGGGCCCCCAGACGGACGAUCCCCGGAACAAGCACAAGUUCCGCCUGCACAGCUACAGCAGCCCCACCUUCUGCGACCACUGUGGCUCCCUCCUUUAUGGGCUGGUGCACCAGGGCAUGAAAUGCUCCUGCUGCGAGAUGAACGUGCACCGGCGCUGUGUGCGCAGCGUGCCCUCCCUGUGCGGCGUGGACCACACCGAGCGCCGCGGGCGCCUGCAGCUGGAGAUCCGGGCUCCGACUGCAGAUGAGAUCCACGUCACGGUUGGUGAAGCCCGUAACCUCAUUCCAAUGGACCCUAAUGGUCUCUCUGAUCCCUAUGUGAAACUGAAGCUCAUCCCAGACCCUCGGAACCUGACGAAACAGAAGACCCGGACGGUGAAAGCCACGCUAAACCCUGUGUGGAACGAGACUUUCGUGUUCAACCUGAAGCCGGGGGACGUGGAGCGCCGGCUCAGCGUGGAGGUGUGGGACUGGGACCGGACUUCCCGCAACGACUUCAUGGGUGCCAUGUCCUUUGGCGUCUCAGAACUGCUCAAGGCGCCGGUGGACGGCUGGUACAAGUUACUGAACCAGGAGGAGGGCGAAUAUUACAAUGUGCCGGUGGCCGAUGCUGACAACUGCAGCCUCCUCCAGAAGUUUGAGGCUUGUAACUACCCCCUGGAAUUGUAUGAGCGGGUGCGGAUGGGCCCCUCCUCCUCUCCCAUCCCCUCCCCUUCCCCGAGUCCCACCGACUCCAAGCGCUGCUUCUUCGGGGCCAGCCCAGGACGCCUGCACAUCUCCGACUUCAGCUUCCUCAUGGUUCUCGGAAAAGGCAGCUUUGGGAAGGUGAUGCUGGCCGAACGCAGGGGCUCCGAUGAGCUCUAUGCCAUCAAGAUCUUGAAAAAGGACGUGAUCGUCCAGGAUGAUGACGUGGACUGCACCCUGGUGGAGAAACGCGUGCUGGCACUGGGGGGCCGAGGUCCUGGCGGCAGGCCCCACUUUCUCACCCAGCUCCACUCCACCUUCCAGACCCCAGAUCGUCUGUAUUUCGUGAUGGAGUAUGUCACCGGGGGAGACUUGAUGUACCACAUUCAGCAGUUGGGCAAGUUUAAGGAGCCCCACGCAGCGUUCUACGCGGCAGAAAUCGCCAUCGGCCUCUUCUUCCUUCACAAUCAGGGCAUCAUCUACAGGGACCUGAAACUGGACAAUGUGAUGCUGGAUGCCGAAGGACACAUUAAGAUCACUGACUUUGGCAUGUGUAAGGAGAAUGUCUUCCCUGGGACCACGACCCGCACCUUCUGCGGGACCCCGGACUACAUAGCCCCCGAGAUUAUUGCCUACCAGCCCUACGGGAAGUCUGUCGAUUGGUGGUCCUUCGGAGUUCUGCUGUAUGAGAUGUUGGCAGGACAGCCUCCCUUCGACGGGGAGGAUGAGGAGGAGCUGUUUCAGGCCAUCAUGGAACAAACUGUCACCUACCCCAAGUCGCUUUCCCGGGAAGCCGUGGCCAUCUGCAAGGGGUUCCUGACCAAGCACCCGGGGAAGCGCCUGGGCUCAGGGCCAGAUGGGGAACCCACCAUCCGUGCACAUGGCUUUUUCCGCUGGAUCGACUGGGAGCGGCUGGAACGGUUGGAGAUCGCGCCUCCAUUCAGACCGCGCCCGUGUGGCCGCAGCGGCGAGAACUUCGACAAGUUCUUCACGCGGGCAGCGCCAGCGCUGACCCCGCCAGACCGCCUAGUCCUGGCCAGCAUAGACCAGGCCGAUUUCCAGGGCUUCACCUACGUUAAUCCGGAUUUCGUGCACCCGGACGCCCGCAGCCCCACCAGCCCCGUGCCUGUGCCAGUCAUGUAAUCUCACCUGCCACCACUAGGUGUCUCCAGUGUCCCCUUCGCCACGCCACCUGCACCAUCCCCUUCCCGAUUCCAGAUCCUGCAUCCCAGCAUUCUGGCCUCUGCCCUCACGGGGUCUAGACGCCCCUCCCAAGCGUUCCUGGCAUUCUAAACCCCAUACGGUCUCUAGAGCCGCCCAGUGUUCUAGA